AUGAACAAAACGAUCGAGCGCUCUGUACCGUACCCGUCCUCUCUUGUCGUACGUGUUGCCGCACGAUCCGCAGCCCGCAACAAAGUUGGCCUGUCAUGGGUGUUUCGUUGGAUUUUGGUCCAGGCGAAGCGGUGGUUUUUACCCGUCGAGCUGAAGGAUUUGCCUGCCCACGGGGACAAAAAGGGGAAUGAAAGCCAAAAGAAAUCUGUCUGUCGGUGCGGUUCACAAUUUACAAACGAAACCCAGAAAGAUGACAGAGUUACCCUUGCUACUGCUCUGAACGCGGCGCCACGGACGAGGCUAAAGUCUCUCUUCGGUACCCCAUAUCUGAAGAUCCUCCUGAUCCGGGUGGACAGUGGAGGCGGCUGGGCAAUCUACUACAAUAUCCACGUUCUUGCCUUUUGCGGUCAAGAGGCGCCCGCCGUCUACAGGCCGACUCGGGGCGAGGUGUCAAAUUUCAAGCUCGUGUUACUUGUCAAAGGACGCACCAAAGUCCUAGCACCUUUCUGCAGCAUGCGUGAGUAG